AUGGAAAAGAAGGCGCGCGAGUACGCUCAAGGAGCGGUGAAGUUCAUACAAAAGAGCGGGAGCAAUUUCCUUGCAUGUAAAAACCUGCGAGAGAAAUUAGAAGAAAAAGGAUUCAAGAGAAUACAAGAAGGAGAAAAAUGGAACCUACGAAAAAACGAAGGAUAUGUAUUCAGUAAGCAGAACAGAAAUAUAUGCGGAUUCUUUAUUGGGAAGGACUUUAACAUAGAGAAGGGUUCUAUCCUUAUUUCAAUUGGUCAUAUAGACUCCUGCUGUUUGAAAAUAUCUCCAAAUAAUAACACCGUUAAGAGUAAGUUGAACCAAUUAAACGUAGAAUGCUACGGGUCAGGGUUGUGGCACACAUGGUUCGAUCGUAGCUUAGGCUUGUCUGGUCAGGUAGUCUACAAGAGAGAUGGCAAGCUUGUGGAGAAACUAAUCCAAAUUAACAGAUCCGUGUUGUUCCUUCCUAGUCUUGCUAUUCACUUGCAAAACAGGACGAGGUUUGAAUUUUCAGUAAAAAUUAAUUAUGAGAAUCAUUUGAAGCCUAUCCUAUCCACUGUUUUGUAUGAUCAGCUGAUGAAAGGGAAAGGGAAGGAGAAAGGGGAGAGGGGCACAGAUACAAAUGCCCUUACGGAAGACGCUGCGCAUGUGGGGAAAACACAGGAUAAGCGCCUGGACGGAGAUGACUCCUCCCCUAGCUGCCACUCCCAUCAGGAAAAUCCCAACUCAUCCCCACUCCUCUACACACUAGCAAAAGAGUUGCAGUGCCAAGAAAAUGACAUCCUUGAUUUCGAACUGUGCUUAAUGGAUGUACAUGAGCCUUGCUUCACUGGGGCCUACGAAGAGUUCAUCGAAGGGGCGAGAUUUGAUAAUCUGUUAGGUUCUUAUUGCGUCUUUGAGGCGUUCGCGGAGAUGACAAACACACUAAAGGGGGGAGCGCCAGCAGCACCGCUCUCCUCCUCUGUCCCCCCCGAGGCACACGCAAACCUGUACAUCUGCAUCGGUUACGACCACGAAGAAAUAGGUUCCCUGAGCGAAGUAGCAGAGAGUACACCCUCAUCCACUUCUGCUCCUCCCAUCGAUGAGUUGUAUGGAAGUCUCAUGAACAGGUCUCUCCUGCUCAACGUCGACAUGGCACACUGUAGUCACCCCAACUACCCAGAAACGGUACAGACAGACCAUCAGUUAUUCUUCCACGAAGGAAUUGCUAUCAAAUACAACACGAAUAAAAAUUACGUCACUUCGCCCUACUACACAUGCUUACUUAAGAGGACCUUCGAGCUAUUUGCUUCCAAUUUUAAGGAGAAAAUAAAAUAUCAAAAUUUUAUGGUGAAGAAUGAUACCCCUUGUGGUAGUACUGUGGGUUCUAUGGUUGCAUCGAACCUUUCCAUGCCAGGUAUUGACAUUGGCAUUCCACAGCUAGCCAUGCAUUCGAUAAGGGAGAUAGCCGCUGUGCGGGACGUCUACUACUUGGUCAAGGGGAUCUUGGCCUUCUACACCUACUACAGUCACGUGCACGCCUCCUGCGUGCCCGAUGGGUAG